AACAAUAUUGUUUCACAAGGUAACAGGUACUUGAUUUUGGUUCAUAAGGCCGAUUUUUGAUUUGUUGCAUCAUUAAUGUCUCUUUCCUGCUAAAAUUCACUAUUUUUAUCACGUGUUUCCCAAAAAAACUAUACAACAAUAAGUUAUACACCCCAUUACAUUAUCAAAUUUCAUACCUCACCUUCCUCUAGGGAUGAAAACAAAAUCCGAACCCACGGGUACCCACCCUACCCAACUCGGUCAACGCGGGUAAAAUCCGUGUUGACGGGUUUUGGGCCGGGUUUGGGUUUAAACCCGUUCAAUAUUCAUCGGGUUGGGUUUGGGUUUAGGUAAACCCGACCCAUGGGUACCCGCCCACACCCAUAUAAUUAAUUUUCUCGAUAUAUUUAAUAUUCUAAACAACUUAUCUUAUUUAUGUUUGUGGAGACAUGUCUAAUUUUUUCUUUCUAAUUGUGUAGAAUGAAGUUGAUGUUAUCGAGUGGAGAGUGAAGAAACUUAAUUGAAAGGAAGAAGCUUUCAAUUAAUCAUGUUAUUUAUGGAUAAUUUGUUAUUUGCUUGAAUUUUCUAGAAUGAUAUUUUAUAUAUGGAUAAUUUGUAUUGAGAGAUUGAUAUUUGACUUUAAUUUUGAUAGCAACUUGUUAUUGUAAAUUUUUUAAGACAAAAACCUGUGGGUACCCAUGAACCCGCGGAUAUCCAGGGGGUUGAGUUGGGUUUGAGUUUUUCAAACCCAGUGGAUUUUACCCCGAAUUUUUUUCACGGAUAAACCCAUGAAUUUGGAUUUGAAUUUGGCAAAACCCAACUCAACCCGACCCAUUGCCAUCCUACCUUCCUCCGGCCAACUGGCCGGGGCCCACACUAGUUAUGUUGUUAUAAUAACAACAAUAAUGGUGUUGUUAUGCUAUCCUCGCCGGUUUUUGAGGAAGCAUAUGAGUGGUAACUCGAUGGAUGGUGACUUAUUAUUAUUAUUAUUAUUAUUUUGUGAGAGACUUAUUAAAAUAUUAUUUAUUAGUUAUGUUAUUCGGCUGUUAAAGGAGGGUAUGGGUUUAUUAUUGAUGAUUGUUAGAAUUAUAAUAGGUUAUGGUUUUAUUGGCCGUCUAGGACUAGUAAAGGGGCGGGAUUAGGAUAAAUUUUUAGGGUUUUGAGUUUUUCCUAUAUAUUUUCACUUCGUGGUUCAGUUUUUAAUAACUAGUGAAGAAGAAUAAAGUAGUUUUAAUAGUGUUCUUUUGUGUUUUUAGGAGUAGCAGUCGUUCUAUCGAUGCAUUUAAUCGUUAAUGCAUUAAUUGGUAUCAGAGUCUGAUUAUGAUACGAUGAGCUCAGUAUGGCCAUCUAGGGAUGAUAUCAAUGAUUUGAUCUAGCUGACAGAAUGUGUCCUAGCUACCAGCGAAAGGAUCAUCGCUGCCUGUGAUAGAGCUAGCACAAUGUUGUCCGCAACCACGCCACUGCCCUCGCCCAUCACCAUCGUUCCACCGACAACACUGUCUCCACAGUCGCAGGAAGCCACAUGUUGACAACGAUUCAUAGGAAGAUUCGCCCAUCACCUUCCACGAAUAUGUCAGGAUCUCGCGGGAAGCUUGGACAGUCUUCUUUGCAUUCAGGGAUCCAAUUGCCGGGUAUGAGUAUGUUUUCUCCUUCAAAAAGACAAAAACUACCGCUUUUUAUUUCACAAUUCUCCAGGAUAUCUCAGACUGAUUUCUUAUGGGGGUGGAGUGUGAAAGGAAGGAGAAGAGGAUAAACAAGAGUUGUGCCGAGAAUUUGAAGUAUAGGAAACGCAAUUUGUAUCAAUUUAUCAUCCCCGUAUGCCGACUGUAUACAUUGAUUACAAUUGGUUAUGUGUGAGUAGUUACUAUCGAAAGUCCAUGUGAAAUAUGACCCUAGACACCUCUAGGAAUUUUUCUCUUGUAUACUACAUCAUAUAGUGGAGACAAUUAAUCCCCUUGCUUCAAUCUCGAGUAGCAGAGAAUUAUCCUAAAGCUGUGUCAUUAACCAUAAUAGGAAGAAAAAAAAAUAGUAGUAACACAUUUCUUCACCUAAUUUAUCGAAAGUAGAGAAAAUUGCAUCUUCUAAAGAAUUGAAAAAUGGAAAGACCAUUCAACACAAUCAUAGGGCAUUUGCAUGUCAACAUGUUAGUCAUAUGAAAAAUCGUACCACGAACUACCUCCGGUGAAACAUCAUCGGUUAAAAACUUAAAAUGUGAUUCAUUUUUGAAGUGACCAUUUUUCGCCAGAGGGAGUCGUGAAACUCCAACUGCCACUCUCUCUUAUGCCCACGACUUCUCCUUUUGAGGUGAAUAAACGAGAAUAGAGAUUAGUGACCACAAGUUGUUUAUGAGCUUCCUGCGUCACCCAAUAGUCCUCUGGGUAAAAAGCUCUUGGAUUUGAUUUCUUCUUCUACACACUUGAUUCACCGAAUGAAAAUACCUCCUGUUUCGAUUCCCCCUCUUAUGACCAUUUUUAUGCGUGACUUUUGCUUCCAAUAAUACAAUUCCUCAGCAGCCAAGUUGUAGCAAAUUCUGGGUCAGCCAAGUGAGUUUAAUCCAAUCCAAUGCAGUCAAAAUCACGAAUCUAAAAAUCACGAAUCUAUGUAGAAGCGUAAAAAAUGCAAGUUUUUAAACUCUAAAGCCUAGAUUUUGACUACAAUUAUUAGUGAAAAACUUUCUACUUAGAAUCAUUUUGGUGACCUAAAAGUUUAAAAUCAUAAACUUUUAAGUUGUAAAGUGUUGACUACAUUGAUCCAAUCAACCAUAUUAUGGGUGGUUCCAUUGCGAAGAUGUCUAAUGUGAUGAGCCGAAUUCAUUGAACCAGAUUUCACCCAAGUGAACAACCUAUGCCGAGCUUGUUUCAUGCAAGUCCAAAGUCGGAAACUUGGAGAGCCAUGGGUUGGUUCUUGCCAUGUCUGAGCUAUAAUAUUGUCCACUUCUUGGUUCUUACUCCAUCUGGCAUCAAACAUGGAAACUUUCUUACUAGGGAUCCCUUUAGUAGACCAAUGAUAUAGAAUCGCUCUAUGGUCUAAACAUUACUGGGGGACUCUGUGCCAUAUAUGAUCAACAAUAUUUGCCGCUUCUUGGUUCUUACUCCAUCUAGCAUCAAACAUGAAAACUUUCUUAUUAAGGAUCAUUUUCAUAGACCGAUGAACAUAUAACAAAUAAAAAUUUAUUGGUUAGUGAGAUGGUGAGCAUUACCCUUUUUUUAAGUGAAAUGUCAUUAAGAAUGCGACCGGGCCAAAGCCCAAAUGAAAAGGUACAAGCAGAGAAAACGAAAAUGGAUCAUAAACCAAAGAAAAAAGGCCCAAACAUGUGGUCCGGAAACCCAAUAGGGUCCGGACCCGGGCCAAAACAAGAAAGGGUUUCAAAACCGUAAAUCGAAACUUUGUCCCCUCUUGUUCCCCAUCGCCGCUACCGAGACCCACCACCGUCGUGUGAACAACCACCUGGCGUUGCCACCGCCGCAAAGUGCUAGUACUGUCGUUCGAAUCUUGCCAAACUCAUACGAAGGGGAGGGUAAGAGAACCUCCCGCCUUUCCUUCCCGAGCCAGUUGGCUUCAGCCUCCCCCAAUCGGAACCCAGGGAUAGCAGCAAACGACCAUCGCCGAUGAAGGAUCCAGAGGGAAGGGGACCUUUGUCUUCAAGCUUUUAACUCUGAGUCUGACGCCAAGGGCUGCAUCUCCGAUGCACCUAAAUCUGCAAGGCGAGUCAUGGAGGUAGACCAGGGAGAGAAAAGGAGAAAACAAGCCAGAUCUGAACCAGAUUUGGCCUCCAUCGCACCUUAUAAACGAACCAUCAUCUCAGAUCCGAGUGACCAGAUCGGAGGGCAAAAGCUCAACCCAUCAGGGGGGGAGGAAGAAAGAUCCACCAACGUGAAAGAAAAAGCCAUGGAAGGCAGAAACAAGCACAAAGUUGGAAGGGAAAACAAGCGCACGAAAAGGAAAAAGGAAAGGACGAAAAAUUGGAAAGGAGAGCUGCCGCCGAUCGCCGGGGAGCAUUACUCGUUGGCCAAAAAUCUAGCUAAUGUGCUGAAAAAUGAAAUAUAUCUAGUCUACUUUAAAUGAAAGUGGCAGACAAGCUAUGUCUAUUCAACCAUGUGAAUCUAGGACCCGAGAAACCAAUAUCUAGCAAGUCUAAGUCAUCAACAAACAUACGGAAAGAUUGUGUUAAGUGAACAUCAAAAUAUCGGCCCCAUCUUUUCAUAGGAUUGCAAAAUGUCAUUAAAAUACCCACAAUGAACAAGCGUUUGGUAUAAUGGUAAUGCCACUACCCUAGAAAAUAGAGGUCUCAAGUUCAAAUAUCUUAAGUAAUAUUUUAAUCAUAAAAAAGUAAACCUAUAUCACCAUUAUUAAAAAAAAUCACACAGUCACAAAUGAAAAGCAGUAGGCAAUAAUUAGUAGGGAAAUGCUACGGUGCCGCACUAAAAAGUGCGGCACCGGUGACGCCGUUUUUGAUUGGGCCACGUGGCGCUGAUGUGGCAGUGACUGGUUUAAUUAGCGCGACCCAAAGCCCAUGAGUAACUAGAACUGAAACCAACCCGGCUCUCCCACACUAACGGAGACUCCCUCUCCGUCCAACUUAAACGCUUAUUCCUCUUUUUUUUUUUUUGCCAAACUGUAUUUAUAUUUUUAUUAAUUAAAAAUUGAAUUAGUUUUUUAUUUCGUACGAUUGAGAAAACGGGUAAGUAGGGGACGACGACGGACGAACGAAAAGCUGUUCCUCGAUCUCUUCUCCGACGUUCUCCCGAAAUCGAUUCGGUGACUUGGUCGCGGCCAAUACCCAUCUCCAAAAUCAUCUCGGUGGCUUGUUCAAAGGCGAAGAAAUUGUAUCUUCGGGGCCUCUGUGACCAUCGAAGAGCGCCGCCGCCAAAAUCACUACGGUCACUAGUUCGUGCUCGAUCCCAUCUCUAAGAUCAACCUUAUGCGUGGACUGCUUUUGGAGCACGCCGGCAAAGGAGAUCGAGGAUUCCCUUUUGGUUCGGCCCUCGGCGUCAUCCCUUGUUGUUGAUUUUUUUUUCAAUCUUGGAAACCCAAACGAAUUGGAUUAAUGGACGAGGAAUACGGCUGCUGAAUUUGGUGGAGGGUGUGAAGUUUGGAUGGCGACGUUGGAGCUCAGCAGAGUAGUUGGCUCUUUUCCGAUUCUAACAAGCGAGAGAACGAGGAAGACGACCACCAAUCGUUUUUCCUUCGGGUUUUUUUUUCAAAAUGAAAAUAAAUGCAUAUAAAACUUAAAUCAAUUUCAUAUUAAUUACUAAAAAAAGGGUAACAACAGGUGGAACUCCCGUCUCUGACUUGGGCUUCGGUUUGGACAAUUCCAAAUUUUUAUGGAUCAUAGGCUUGAACUAAGUAAACCAGUCACCGGCACAUCAACACCACGUGGCCCGAUAAAAAACGGCGUCAUCGGUGCCGCACUUUUUAGUGCGGCUAAUUAAUAAGAUAUAAGUUAAUUG